AUGGUUCCGGGGGACGAUCUGAAGUCUACCGUCGCCGCCGUUUUCGAGAAGAUGGGUGUGCCGCCCGAAGAUGCUCAGCUCGGCGCCGACGUGCUGGUGCUGGCCGACCUGCGCGGCGUUGACUCCCACGGUGUCUCCAAUAUGCUCCGCAGCUAUGUUAACGGGUACACCAGCGGACAGAUCAAUCCCAAUCCACAGAUGCGCGUUGUCCGUGAAACGCCCAGCACUGCCAGCCUCGACUCCGACCGGGGCCUGGGCAUCAUCACCACCCCCAAGGCGAUGGACAUGGCCAUCCGCAAGGCCGCGGAAGUGGGCAUCGGCAUGGUUACGCUGGGCAACGCCCGGCAUCUGGGCAUGGCGUCCUACCACGCCAUGAAAGCGCUGGAACACGACAUGAUCGGCGUGUGCAUGACCAGCUGCCCGCCCUCGGUCGUGCCAACGUUUGGCGCCGAACCACGUCUGGGCACCAAUCCCAUCGCCAUCGCCGUGCCCUCGCGUAACGAGCCGCCGUUUGUGUUCGACGCCGCCACGAGCACCGUCGCCGGCAACAAGGUGGGCAUCGCCCGACGCCUGGGCGUCAAGCUGGAACCGGGCUGGCUGGCUGACAGCGAGGGCACCCCCAUCAUGGAGGAGGCCGACGCGCCCGACAACUACACGCUGCUGACGCUGGGCAGCACGCGUGAACUGGGCUCGCAUAAGGGUUAUGGUCUGUCCUGCAUGGUGGACAUUCUCGCCGGCGUCCUGACCGGCUUCGGCUACGGCGCCGUUCCGGGCCGCCCUAAUUUCGGACACUACGUGGCCGCCUACAACGUGGCCGGAUUCGACGACCCCGACCACUUCAAAGACCAGAUGGACGAAUGGCUCCGCAUGAUGAAGACCACCCGGCCAGCCCCGGGCGAAGAGCGGGUCCUCGUGGCCGGCCAACCGGAAGCCGAGAUGGAAGAAAUCCGCCGGGUCGAGGGCAUCCCCCUGCACGAAGAGGUGGUGGACUGGUUCCACGACACCUGCGGCGAACUGGGCAUCGACUGCCCGUUCUGA